AAUAGUAACUGUGAAAAGAGGAGUUAAUGCCCUAUUAUUGAUUGUCAAAUUGUUCUUUUUGUGUUAUUCCUCAGUUCCAAACUGGCAUGGAUCAUUCCUCUGAGAAUCAUUAUGUCACAAUGAUCCACACUGAAUUGGACCAUCUGGAGAUUGGGGAAGAAGAUGGAGAUGUGAUUGAACUAGCAAAUGAAAUGGAUGAGGACACUGGCAUGAAAGUUUGGGAGAGAACAACAGGAAAGCAAACAUUUGGCAAACAAUUUUCUCAACCUGGUUUACAGCAGAAAGCAAAACUGUCCCCAAUCAUGCAUGUAAUACCGGGCGAAUGGGACACAAAGUUUGUGGAUCAUGCUAGCGAUGCAGAACCUAAAGUAAUGGACAUUACAAACAAGGAUCUUGAUAAAGAGAGAGAAAAGGAACUGGAACAGGUGGGCUUAAGAUUGUCUGAUUUACAGGCUGAGGUGGAGCCACCUGGGGAAAGUGAACACCAACCUCACACCGCACUACAAACUCAAAACAUAACAGAAAGCAAUGUUGAAUUGUUUUCUGUAACUACCAUGGAACAAAAAGUACAAUCAGGGUUUUCUGCUCUAGAGCAUCAACCUGAGAUGGAAAUGGCAGGACCUAUAGAAAAAGAAGCAAGAUUUUCAAUAAAGAUGAAUGAUAUGCCAAAGGAACAUUAUGAGGAGGAAGAGUGUGUAGAGAAAACAGCUGAGCAGGAAGUGGUGGUAUCUUCUAAGGUGGUUCACCUGGAGCAGAUACCCCCGGUUUUGAUGCAGGAAGAGGGGUAUUUAGACAAUCAGAUUGAGGUGAAGCUUCACAGUCCUCAUCCUACAGACUGGGAGAUCUUUCUCUAUAUAAAGGCAGGAAUUGAUGGAGAAAGCAUCGGCAACUGUCCAUUCUCUCAGAGACUCUUCAUGAUCCUUUGGCUAAAGGGAGUCAUCUUUAAUGUCACAACUGUGGACCUCAAGAAAAAACCAGCUGAUUUGCAAAACCUUGCACCAGGAACUAACCCACCUUUUAUUACCUUUAAUGGUGAAGUGCUGGUGGAUGUUAACAAGAUUGAGGAAUUUCUUGAGGAAAAGCUUACACCACCACGGUAUCCAAAGUUGGCUGUUAAACACCCAGAGUCAAACUGUGCAGGAAUAGAUGUAUUUGCCAAGUUUUCUGCAUACAUCAAGAACUCUCAUAAAUGUGCAAAUGAUGGCUUGGAGAAAGCUCUGUUGAAAUCCCUGAAGAAAUUGGAUGACUAUCUGCAGUCUCCACUGUCAGAGGAGAUUGAUGCCAACAGCCGUGAUGACCCAGGACCAUCAACACGCAAUUUCCUAGAUGGACCAGACUUAACUCUUGCUGACUGCAACCUGCUUCCCAAACUACACAUCAUCAGGAUUGUUGCGAAGAAGUAUAGAAAUUUUGAGAUUCCAGCCGAAAUGAAAGGAAUUUGGCGAUACCUGAACUCUGCCUACCAGAGAGAGGAGUUCACCUGCACAUGUCCUGCAGAACGAGAAACUGAAUUCGCCUAUUUGGAUUUUGUCAAAAAGUUAAUAUAAGACUGAUGAUGGGUGAAAAUGGACAGAGAUAUAUGUGUGAGAGUGAAGAGAGAGUAAGAGUGGAGUUUGUGAGUGUGAGUGUGUGUGUGUGUGUGUGUGUGUGUGUGAGAGAGAGAGAGAGAGAGAGAGAGAGAGAGAGAGAGAGAGAGAGAGAGAGAGAGAGAGAGAGAGAGUGAGAAAGUAAAGAAAGAGAUUGAGAGUGUGUGACAGAGUUUGAGAGAAUGAGUGUGUAAAAAAAUAGUACUACUAUCAGAUAUUAAGGGAAAUUUAUCUAUUAAUAAAUUCAAUAAAAUCAGUUCAGGACAGAAAUGUUCCAAUACAGCACAGUUAAUCUGGAGAGGAUCUUGUUAAAACUCAGAAACCUGGAUCUCCAAGCCAGUCAUUUUCCUGACCUCUGGAACUGGGGGCCAUAUACAGUAGUCUAAGGUUAAAAUAGACCCCAACAUCUGCCAGGCCUUCUGUGUGAGCAGUACUCUGGGGAAGGUUUUCUGCUGUAUCAUUUAAAGCCCCAGAUUCUGAAAAACUGUAGAACUGCUCACAUUUACACCCUGCACACUAAUCAAUCAACACAUUUAUAUUUUAUAAAGUUUUAAAAAGUGGUGAAAGGAGUAAAGAGCUCUAUCAAUCUGAACAAAAGAAUGCAGUAUAAAACAAAGUGCUUCACUCAAGGGCAUGAGGUGCGACAGAGCCGCAGCCAACUCUGAUCAAUGAUUAUAUAAAUGUGUGAGCAGUGUUACUAGAAUAAUCUGCAGCUCAGAGAUUUGAGGAUAAAUUUUUGAUCUACACAGACAACCUGGUGCUGCUGUCUCUUACUGUGGUAUAAAGCAGCACCUGGACCUACUGGAGCAGUACCAACAAUCAAACUUGAUAAUCUGGACAAAACCAAAAUGAUCUUCCAAAAAAAGACCAGUGAGAAAGAUACCAGUUCACUCCAGAUAACACUGCCUUAAAGCAUUUGUUACUUUACUAUCUGGAGCUGAAUCAGUGACUCAGGUGGAUUUGAUCAGGGAGCGAAUGGAAAGUGAACAGAAGAACAGGACUGAAGUGGUUAAGGCUCUGUGUUGUUACGUGGAAGGUUAUGGUUCAAGUCUCAGCCCUGCCAGGUUAUCACUGUUGGCUGAUUAGGGAAGGCCCUUAACCCUCCCUACACUGUGUCAGAGUCGCCGCUGCACUCCAGCCCCAACCUCCUCAGUUGGGAUGUGUGAAGAAAAGAGUUUCACUUUGUUGUAAAGUAUAUAUGUUGAUAAAGGGCCACAAUUUCAUUUAUUUCAAAAACACUAAGAGAGCACAAAAUAGACUUUAGAAUCAGGUGUGGAGUUUCAGAGAAAACCCUAAAAAACACUUUACAGUGUUAUUGACCCUUUUGUUCUAUAUAACUAUUCAUUUAUGGUUAAUUGGUACAUUCAGUAUACACGACUACAUUAGAUGCGAGAAACAUCUCAUACAGUCCAUUCAUGCAGAAUUCAUUAGAACUCCAAAAAAUAUUUUUGGAAGCUUCUUAAAUGAACUAAGAGCCCAAACUACUAAAACCAUUUCCUCCUGUCAGCUUGUCCUGAGACUCACUAACACAAAAAAACAACAGUCUCAAACCAGCACUGCUCACCAAAGUCUAAUCAGAGUCAACAAAUUUACUGAACAGAUCAGAAGAGUGUGUCUGGAGCACUGGGAGAGCCAAACCCAGUCUAGAUUAUAAACAGAGAAAAAAAUUGUCAGUGUAUCUGUUCACGGUCAGAGAUAUAAAGCAUGUACAGAGAGAUCAUGAACAUGUACAGGUUUGAGUGAGGCAGAGUGAGAGAGUGAGACAGAGUGAGAGAGAGAGAGAGUGAGACAGAAUGAGAGAGAGUGAGACAGAGGGAGAGAGUGAGAGAGAGUGAGAGAGAGUGAGAGAGAGACAGAGUGAGAGUGAGAGUGAGAGAGAGAGACAGAGUGAGAGAGAGAGUGAGCCAGAGUGUGAGCGAGUGAGACAGCACGAGAGAGAGUGAGACAGAGUGUGAGAGAGAGUGAGCCAGAGUGUGAGAGAGUGAGACAGAGUGAGAGAGAGAGAGAGAGAGAGAGAGAGAGAGAGUCAGAGAGAAUUAGAGAGUGAGACAGAGCGAGGGAGAGAGAGUGUGUGAGGAAGACUGAAAUGAAGAGGAGUGUGUAUGGGUAUAGGUAAGCUUUAUCUAUAAUCAUUUAUUC